AGAUUUCAAUAUAAUAUAAAAGUGAUGGUGUACGAAUCAAAUAUUCAUUCAUAUCGCUAUAAAAGUGAAUGGUGUACAAACCAAAUAUUCAUAGAUAUCUCUAUAGCUGGUAUAUCUACACUAUAGAUGAAGCAGUUAAAUUGGUCGAAACGAGUUUCGUGUGUAUUUGACUCGAAAUGACAAGAUUAUUACAUGAGUCAAUUCGUAUCAACCUAAAUCUAGCACGAACCCGCUAAAACUCAACCCUAAUUUACAAACAUUGUGUCAUGCCCGUGUCAUGUUCGCGGGUCGCAUUGAAUAUUGUCCCCUAAAUAUAUGGAUAUUCACAAUUUUUCAUUAUAUAACCUCUAGGGAAUGAAGGUAAACUACUUAACCAAUUAAGAGUGAAAAACUCCUAGAUUACUUGGUUGCUAGUUCUGGCGAGUGGAGUUAAUUGCUCAUAGAAGUUUGAUUAAUAGUGAGAAUUGUUGUACAGUAUAUUCUGCAAUAUGCAAUUAAUCUAAGUAAAGUUCUUCUACGAAAUCAAAAAAAAAAAAUUAUUAUAUAAUAAAUAAAAUAACAAAACAAAAAAGAGUCUUUUGGCUAAAUAUUGCAAAAAAAUAAGUUUAUUUGUGCUAUAGGUACUGUUUAAACUUAUUUGAGGAAAGAAGCAAAUUUCGGUAAUACCGUCACCGAAAUUCUGACAAAGAGAGAGAGGAGAGAGAGAAAUGAUGGGAUGGUGGUGAGAGAAAAAAAAAAAGAAUUUCGGUGAUAUGGUUGCCGAAAUCGGAGAAAAAAAAUUAUUAUAUAAUAAAUAAAAUAACAAAACAAACAAACCAAAACCCAAACCUAUGAGAUGCAACAUGCCCGACCUUUUGUAUCUAGCCCGUUGGAAGAAACAUGCUAGGCCUCUCUGUUUCGUCUGCCUCCAAACUACCUUUAUUACCUUCUAUCAAACCCUCAAAUCGGUCCCGCCAUAACCUUCAAUUAUCAUCACCACAAAAUCCAAACUGUGAACCCCUUAACCACCGUCUGAUCCACCACCUCAAUGUGGGCCACCUCCACAAAGCAAUCUCCACCCUUGAUCUCAUGGCCCAAAAGGGUACCCACCCAGACCUCACCACCUACUCUCUCUUCCUCAAGUCCUGUAUAAGGUCCCGGAACUUCCAACUCGGCAAACUCGUUCACACCCACUACUUGACUCACUCUCAACUCCACCUCAACUCUCUCAUUCUCAAUUCUCUCAUCAGCUUGUACUCAAAAAGUGGGGAUUGGGCUAAAGCAAAAUCCAUUUUUGAUGAUAUGGGGGAUUUGAGAGACUUGGUUUCUUGGACUGCUAUGGUUUCUUGUUUUGCAAAUAAUGAUAUGGGAACUGAAGCCAUUGUCACGUUUCUUCAAAUGCUUGAAAAUGGGCUCUGCCCAAAUGAGUAUUGCUUUUCCGCAGUGAUUCGGGCGUGUUCGAAUGUGGAAAAUGUUCCCACUGGGAAAAUGAUUUUUGGGUUUGUUAUAAAAAGUGGAUAUUUUGAGUCUGAUGUGUGCGUUGGGUGUGCGUUGAUUGAUAUGUUUGUGAAGGGUAGUGGUGAUGUGGAUUUAGCCUAUAAGGUGUUUGAGAAAAUGCCUGAUAAGAAUGCAGUUACUUGGACUUUGAUGAUAACUAGGUUUAUGCAAUUUGGGUUCCCAAUGGAGGCUGUAAAUUUGUUUUUGGAUAUGGUUUUGAGUGAGUAUGUACCGGAUCAAUUUACCUUUGGUGGAGUUAUUUCAGCUUGUGCAGAGCUAGAAUUGUUAAAUCUUGGGCAGCAAUUGCAUUCUUGGGUCAUACGGUCUGGGUUGGCUUUAGAUGUUUGUGUAGCGUGCUGUUUGGUAGACAUGUAUGCUAAGUGUGCAGCGGAUGGAUCAGUGGAUGAUGCAAGGAAAGUUUUUGACCUGAUGGUAGAUCGUAAUGUCAUGUCUUGGACAGCAAUUAUCACAGGAUAUGUGCAAAGUGGAGGGCGUGAUAAGGAAGCUGUUGAACUUUUUUGUGAAAUGAUCGAGGGUCAUGUUUCACCAAAUCAUUUCACCUUUUCUAGUGUCCUUAAGGCAUGUGCAAAUCUUUCUGAUCCCCGUAUGGGAGAGCAAUUUUACACGCAUGCUGUGAAACUUGGUCUUGCGUCAGUUAACUGUGUGGGAAAUUCUCUUAUUAGCAUGUAUGCAAGGUCUGGCAUGAUGGAAGAUGCUCAUAAAGCUUUUGAUAUGCUGUUUGAGAAGAAUUUAAUUUCUUACAACACGAUUGUUGAUGCAUAUGCCAAAAAUUUGAAUUCUGAAAAAGCCUUUGAACUUUUUCAUGAAAUCGAGGAUAUAGGAAUUGGGGCUAGUGCUUUCACAUUUGCUAGCCUCUUGAGUGGAGCUGCUAGUAUCGGUGCAGUUGGUAAGGGUGAGCAAAUUCAUGCACGGUUACUAAAAUCAGGGUUUGCGUCAAAUCAAAGCAUCUGUAAUGCUUUGAUCUCCAUGUAUUCUAGGUGUGGAAAUAUAGAAGCUGCAUUUCAAGUUUUUAAUGAUAUGGGAGGUCGAAAUGUUAUAUCUUGGACUUCAAUGAUUACUGGUUUUGCAAAACAUGGAUUCGCCUCUAAAGCUAUGGAAAUGUUCCACAAAAUGCUUGAGGAUGGUGUUAGACCAAAUGAGAUCACCUAUAUUGCUGUUUUAUCAGCUUGUAGCCAUGCAGGGCUAAUUUCCGAGGGCUGGAAACUCUUCAACUCAAUGUACAGAGAACAUGGGAUUGUCCCGAGAAUGGAACAUUUCGCAUGUAUGGUUGAUUUAUUGGGCCGAUCAGGAUCCCUUUUAGAAGCAUUUGAAUUCAUUAAUUCAAUGCCUUUCAAGGCUGAUGCACUAGUCUGGCGUACAUUUCUUGCUGCCUGUCAGGUUCAUGGCAACAAAGAACUUGGGGAACAUGCUGCAAAGAUGAUUCUUGAGCAAGACCCAUAUGAUCCAGCAGCAUAUAUCUUACUAUCAAACUUGUAUGCUUCCUCAGGUCAAUGGGACAAUGUGGCAAUAAUUAGAAAAAAUUUGAAAGAGAGAAACUUGAUCAAAGAAGCUGGUUGUAGCUGGAUAGAGGUGGAAAAUAUGGUGCACAAGUUCCACGUUGGGGACACUUCACACCCCCUAGCACAAGAUAUUUAUUAUGAACUGAACCAAUUGGCUUCAAAAAUAAAGGAAUUGGGCUAUGUACCCGAUACAGAUUUUGUUCUUCAUGAUAUGGAGGACGAACUAAAGGAGCAAUAUUUGUUUCAGCACAGUGAGAAAAUAGCUGUGGCAUUUGGUCUUAUAAGCGUAUCCCAACCAAAGCCUAUUAGAGUAUUUAAGAAUCUUCGUGUUUGUGGAGACUGUCACACUGCAAUCAAAUUUAUUUCAAUGGCUAGAGGUAGAGAAAUAGUGGUGAGAGACUCAAACCGGUUUCAUCACUUCAAAAAUGGGACAUGUUCUUGCAAUGAUUACUGGUGAUGUUGAAAAUUUUAUCUUUUCUUUCUUUGUUUCUUUCUUCUUCUUCUUCUUCUUCUUUUUUUUUUUUUUUUUUUUUUUUUUUUUUUUAAUGACUGGCAGCAGCUUGCUUUCGAUACAGAUCCUAUAAAUGGAAAGCUUUAGAACGCACUACUGCCAGCUGCAAAUAAUCUUAAGUUGCCAUGCACAUUUGUCAUUAAUUCUUUCAGGUUUGAUGCAUCACUUGUUCUACUAGCUGUAAUUAUUCUAAUUCAUAUUUUCAGGUUUGUAUCUGUAUAGUUCAUAUU